CGAGUAACCGUUGCGAGUACAAAUCCUUGCUGGGGUUGAACUAGUUUCUGCUAGUCUGUUUGACUUAUCUUAUUGUGUUCGUCCUCUUAACGCAGUAGGAUUUGUUAAAAAAUAGGAUUUCAUCACUUAUCCUUUUUCAUCUACGAAGGGAGUAGGAGUACCCACUAUUUUCCUUCACAAGAUCCACUGUUCUUAUACUUCAUGGAUGUGUUCUCUGCAAGUCUUUCGUCAUUCUGUAUCCAAUGUCUUAUGGUUCAACUGAAGCAUCCAAGUGAAACCUGAAUACCAUUCUCUCGUCACGCGUAAUAAGCAAAUUACCAAGUAAAAAACUUGGUUGAGCCUUGAAAUUUCAAUAGUGCUGUCAUUACCAAGUAAAAAACUUGGUUUCAGUCUUGAAAUUUGCACGCAAAUAGAGACGGAGGAAGUGACUAAUUACUUGUUUACCACUAUCCCAACACCCAAGGCCCACCCCCACGGGCAACCACAGAAAGCUCCUUUUUUUCUCAAAAAAAUAAAUAAAUUAGCACAUGACACAUGUGGUAUCUUUAUUUAAGAUAAUUGACUUUCAGAGAGGAGAAAAGAGAUGAGAGGGUUAAGAUUUAAGAACGGUGGUAGGUGAGAGCUCUGGAUGGUGGUAGGUAACUGCCGUGUGAAUAAAUAGCAGAAACCCAUUAAAGGGCCAAUCUAGUGAAGAUAUUGAGUUUAGAUCUUGAUGGAAAUGGGUAGCCAAAUGACACUCCCUGUGAAAGAAACCUUCUUCAUAUCACAUGGUUCACCAAUGCUUUCAAUAGAUGAUUCUUUACCAGCUAGACAUUUCUUGAGAUGCUUCAAAGAGAGAGUCUUCACUCAGAAGCCUAAUUCCAUUUUGGUAAUCUCUGGUCAUUGGGAGACUUCAGAGCCUACUGUGAAUUGCAUCACUGGAAUCAAUGACACUAUUUACGACUUCUAUGGGUUCCCCCAACAGAUGUACCAACUAAAAUACCAAGCACCAGGAGCUCCAAAGUUAGCCAAAAGGGUGAAAGAAUUGCUCAAGUCAUCAGGCUUCAAGCAAGUGCACCAAGACAAUAACCGCGGCCUAGAUCACGGUGCAUGGGUGCCUCUUAUGCUCAUGUAUCCAGAGGCUGACAUCCCAGUUUGUCAGCUUUCUGUCCAGACAAAGAAGGAUGGGACCUACCAUUUUAACAUUGGGAAAGCAUUGGCCCCUCUUAAGGAAGAGGGUGUUCUCAUAGUUGGUUCAGGAUCUGCAACACAUAACUUGAGGGCUUUGCGUGAUACUGCUGGUGUUGCUUCUUGGGCUAUGGAUUUUGACAAUUGGCUUAAGGAAUCCCUUGUUAAUGGAAGGUAUGAAGAUGUAAACAACUAUAUGACAAAAGCACCUUGUGCCAAAUUGGCACACCCAUGGCCUGAUCACCUCUAUCCGUUACAUGUAGCGAUGGGUGCGGCAGGUGAAAAUGCCAAUGCCAAAGCUGAACUUAUUCAUCAUAGCUGGAGCAAUCAUACGCUGUCUUAUGCGUCCUACAAGUUUAAGUAGCCUUUGCUGACACAAGAAUGUUAAUGUUCAAAAGUAUUUAAUGGCUUGAAUGUAUAGUUCUGCUGUUAUACAAACAAGUAAUGAUGAUUUGACCUUGAUCCGUUUUAAAGAAA